CCGUCUCCCACAAUAUCUUCUCAUCCUUGUGUUGUUCCAUUUCCAACAUUGGAUAAGAUUAUUGGUUGAGAACGGCUGGUUCUUGUUUUCUGAUGGGCAAAUUUUGUGUCCAAUAUUAGGAUGAGAAGGAAACACAGAAGACUGCAAUCAAGCAACAUCGUGUGUUACGAUCAGCAACCGAGUUCAGAUAUGGUUACAAGCUCAUUGUAAUGACGCCCUUCCUUACCAUCCAUAGCACCACGAAACCGUUUCAUAUUCUUCAUUCAACUCAUCUUUUUACUUUAUGGCAUGAUGCAGGAGAAUGGCAAUGUAAGAGCUGGUCUGGCGACGAAUGAUGUCAUUGAGGUAGGACUCUAAAUUAUACUCUUGGAUCUAGAAAACUCGUCUUAAUUCUUCAUGGAUAAUGAUCCUUGGGCUUCUGUGAUAUGCUGUUUAUUUAAAUCAUGAAUUUCCAGAGCUUCCGACGCAAGACAAACUGAAGACAGUGGUUGACAAAGUGAAAGACUUCUUUGGGGAUGCGAAGGAAUCCUUCGGGAAGCUUAACGCUAAAUUCGACUAGAGACGAGGAGGCGCAACAAGAAGUUACAAAGGGAGACGAGAAAGCAAAGUGAGUCUGUACUUUCAUCCAUUGAUUUUCACAUUGGGAAUUCCACAAAGUUCUCUAACUUGGUAACUUCCGGAUUGUGCAGAGAUAAAGGCUGAAAACCCAGAGAGAAAGUUGCAAGCUUUACAGUUGAUCGGUAGCCCAUUGGUUCCUCCAGAUUGAAAAGAGGUUUUUAAGCAAGAGAUCUGUAGUUGCCAUGGUGAGGUUAUUAAAUGUACAGCAUUGCCUUGCUCCAUGAUUUUGGCCAUUGCAUGUCUAUACCUUGUCAAUUUGUCACCCAUUUCAAUCUAUGUAUAUCUGUCUAGCAUGUUCUUUCACAUGUAGCAUGGAAUGGAAUUGAAACAUUUACUGAUUUUUUCAGAAUCUCUUCAUUAGCCUAGUGUUUAACAUUAUACUCCAAUACCGAAUUUUAAUGAUUCACAAUCGAGCAUUAACCUAGCAUAACCUGACAUAGGUCCCCAAAGAUGAGACCCUUUCCACAGACCUUACCUCAAGUACAUUUCUCUUGAACUCGUAGCCCGCCCUCGACGUUGGCACAAGAAUGAGCUUAGUCUUCUUCCAUGUAGGGUGUGCUUAUACUUGCAUUGAGAUUUUGAGACUAGUCGAACCACGAAAGGAAAGUGUUUGGUUUCAUAUUGGGGUUCUCCCAUCCUUUUACACUUCACACCUCUAAGUUCCCUCACGUUGUUCUCUGCUAGGUGAAGUCCACAAAAUAUGGAAUCUCUGCCAUUUUCGAUUGCAUUAGGAUCUCGCUCCUCCACCUCCAUGGUUAGCCGCCAAAAGUGUUGUCGCUCAGCAUAACAAGGUCAGCGAAUUGAUUUUGGUUUUGCGGGGUUUUGGUUGUCCAAAGUCUGCCAAAAGACAUGCAACUGCAGUGUGUAGAACUGAUGACCGACUUCCCUAGCCUCGACGAGCUUACAAGCACAGAAGAGAUCAUGUGUAAUCAAUUCCAGGCUGGGCUAGGCGGCAGAUGAAAAUGAGAAAAUUGCCAUCGCUUGUUUCUUGGUUGAACCCAAUUCUCCAAAUUGGCAAGUCCAGUCCAAACUUUAUCCUACAUUUCUGGAUAAUUCCAGAAAGCACCAAAACUCUGUCCCUACACUACCACUGCCGAUCACCAUCCAUAUUACAGACACAGAAAUUUCUAGUAUUUUUUUUCUUCUUCUUCUUCAUUUCUAGAAAUGUCCAUUCCUCCAUUUAUAUAGCACUACUCUACUUCCGACUCCUACCAUCGCUAGAACAAUAACCAACUCCUGUAAAAGCUGUUGACUUUGUCAUAAAGUUCUGAUCUUUUUGGGUUAACGAAGACUCUCAUCAUCCAUCUUUCAGAAAAUGUCUCAAGUCCUGUCAAAUUUGGGCCUUUCCUUGCCUUCGUCAUCUAAAUCAUGCUGCAACUCCUUGCUGAACCUGAAAUCCUCUUGCAGCUUAUCUUCCCCGGUGAAACCCUCCAGCAGCUUCAGCAUCAAAGCCAUGGCGCUAGAUGGCAGGGGAAACCUUGACCAUUUGCAGAGGAUCAACAACAACAAUAAGCAGCAGCAGCAGGCGCCACAACCCAGAAGGAAAAUAGUUCCUUCUGCUCCGGUAGGGAUGUGGGACAGAUUCCCAACGGCGAGAACCGUGCAACAGAUGAUGGACACAAUGGAGAGGCUAGUGGAAGACCCGUUGCUAUUAGCCUAUUCACCGCAAUUGUCAAUGGAGGAUCCAAGAGGAGGCUACAGCAGGGGGAGGACGCCAUGGGAGAUCAAGGAAGGUGAGAAUGAGUACAAAAUGAGGUUCGACAUGCCCGGAAUGACCAAAUCUGAUGUCAGAUUGUGGGUUGAAGACAAGAUGUUGGUUGUCAAGGCUGAGAAAUCCGCAGCCAAUAAGGAUGGGGAGGUGGUAGAGGGAGCUGAUAGUAGUGACUGGUCUGCUAAGAGUUACGGGAAGUACAGCAGUAGGAUUGCUUUGCCAGAGAAUGUUGAGUUUGAGAAGAUUAAAGCUGAGGUUAAGGAUGGGGUGUUGUACAUCAGUAUCCCCAAAGCUAGCCCCGCUUCCAAAAUUCUUGAUAUCAAUGUUGAGUGAUUUUUUUCUUCUUCUUUUGGACGGAUGGUUUGUACAAGAGUUUAUUGAAAGUCUAAUUAACUCCUAUGCUUAACAUUCUUGUCAAUUGUUUAAGUAUUUAAUAUCGUGGUCUGAAUUAACCCUAUAGAUUGUUAAUUUGACUAAAGCAGAGAGUUGAUCGUUAGUUUCGACAAUCAAGGUUGUUAAUUAAUGGUCAACUCGUCAUAUCGCUAUUCAGUCAACAUAAAUAAACUUAAGAAAUUCAU